AUGGAUCGGAACCCAAAGCAACCGAAAACGUGGCCGACCAAGCAACUUCUGCUUUACUGUACUCAAAACGACAUCCCAGUCCUGCGAGGGAUGGAGAAGGAUGAUCUGAUUCAAAUCGUCAACGCACACCUCAAGAGUCGCCGUUCACGCGAUCAGGCGAGGGCGGCCAUGAAGCCGAAAGAGGAGCGUGUGGAUGAUCUACUGAACACCUCGCCCGAGGUCCUGUUGAGGCAUGCCCCUUAUGCCUCCUACACGGAUACCCUACGCAAAAACCCGCACAAACUGCGGGAACUCAUCGAGGCCGGGGUUCAACAGCUCGCCUCCGUGGAGUUCGUUCACGAGCUCUUCGAGGCAGGCCUGCCACCACCGGUGGUGGGGUGGCUGCGCGGCGUCGUGGAAGGGGACGAUGGCGGGGCGGCCCUCCGUGAGGUGUUGACCCCCCCGCCCACCACCGCGGUUUGCGGGCGGUAUUUUCGCGACCAUGAAAUGGUCGCACACUGCCGGGAUUGCGCGGUGGAUUCGACCUGUGUGAUGUGCAUGGAUUGCUUCCUCGACUCGCCUUGUCGGUCGCACAACUACACCCUCCACGCCGGGAGCGUCGGGGGGAUGUGCGACUGCGGCGACGCCGCGGCCUGGAAGGCGCGGAAUUUCUGCCCGAAACACCUCGGCUUUGGCGGCGGGGGGUGGGUCCCUGCCCCCCAUGAGCCCUGGUGGGAAGGGGUGCUAUGGGGCCUCCUUCAGCUCAGCGUGGCAGGCCUACAGCAGUUAAUGGCGAUGAUGAUAGGAGGGGGGAGAGAAGGAGGCUCGCCGAGGCCGGGGUGGGACCCCUUCAACCGCACGGAAAGGCCGGAGGAGGAGACGCACGAGAUAACGACAGAGGGGUUCGACUCCUCCGCGAGCAGCGACGAGGAGGACGAAGGAGAGGGAAGGGGAGUAGCGGGCGAGCAAGCCUCCGAGGCGGCGCGUUGGGUGUGGGGUUGGCUAGGGCCCCUCGCGGGGCAGCUGAAGGAGCUCAGCGGCUGCGACUGGGCGAGGCGACUUCUCUCGACGCUCUGGGCGGAGCCCACGAUGAUCGCCUCCGCCCACCUCUCCGCCGGCGCCGUGGAGGAUCGGAACGCCUCCUGCCUGGAGAUGGUUUUUUUCUUCCAGCUCAACGCCGACGCGAAGGAUCGGCGGAGCGAGGCGUGGUCGUCCUUGGUCCGGAGUAUCGCCAAGUGCCUCUCCGAUCCCACCUUCCGUGUUCCCUUUGCCGCCCUCUUCAUGACCUACGCGGAGCGGCUGCAAUGCAAGAAAUACCAUCUUAAUAAUCUCUUCGUGCAGGUCUUCAGCUGCCCGGUUACCCUUUCCACCCUCACGCGUUCGCUGGAGCUGAUGCCAUACGCGCCGCCGCACUUCGACUCCAUCGUGCAUCGUCAGCUCUCCGCUAUCAUCUACUGUUUCUGCCAAAUUCCGAGUAGUUCGAGCAGCGCGUUGGGGUGGCGUUGGGUGUGGGAUGGAGGCCCGUCAUGGGUGAUCUUCGUGAACGAGCGCAGCAACCGCACGAGUGUCUCCUGCACCACCGCGUUGUAUCACUUAAUCAAUCGAAACGACGAUAUGUCUCGGGUAGCCGUCCUUUCGCGGACUUUUAUUCGUGCGUGGCUGCAUCAGUUGGUGCUGCUCUCCAUUAACGCCGUGAUCCGGAAGGACCCGAUGAGCUUCACGGAUAUGCACUCCAUCACGGAGUGGAUAAGCUUGCUCCUCGUCAAGACGAUGUGGGCGAUGAUGGUUGGGGUCGACACUCUCCUGUCGUCGAUUCAACCACCACCGCAGGAACUCUUGACGAGCACGACUGCUCCUAACGAAAUGGUGCCGAUCGUGAGCGAUGUCGCGUGGCGGCUGAUUAACGGAUCGCGCCGGUUCGACCCUAUUCCAGAUCGGGCUGCGCAGUGCAAAAAUCACCGCUGUAUCCUGCAGCGAGCCGCGCUGGAGGACGGCGAGGAGGCCUCCCUGCUGUCUGCUUUGCCGUCUUCGCCGGAUGAGGCCCCCACGGUCGCGUUAAGCUACAUCGUUGCCCUGCUUCAAGAAGUCAAGAUGGUUCUUGAUGUCUUUCUUCUUGCCCAACGCGACUACUUCCGUGGAGGAAGAAGAAAGGUGGUAUUACAGCGUGAGGUCUGUUCGAUCCUUGCGUAUGACCUGUUGGAACCUGUAGGGGAUAUGAUGACGCUGGUCUUGCCGGUGCAACGCUUUAUGGCGAUGCUGAUUCGAUCGUGGCUUACUCAUCAGCAAGCUUUAUAUGCCAAGGAAAGUAUCACCGAUUCGGUUGCCUUGUUGGUCGCACGACGCUUAUACGGGUGUGAUAACCGCCAAGGAUGGAGGCCCUUGCGCACAUUGAUGGAUAAGCUGCUCUCUUCGACAACACAAGCGUCGUCAUCGGCGCAGGGCUCCUCGCUGGAGUUCCUUGGCGAGCUCCUGGAUUCCCUGGUGAUGCCGUUUGUGCUUAUAUCCCAGAGAGAGGAGGGGCUGUGGCGUCGCAACGACUGCAACGCCCUCGCACGCAUUCAAAGGUACUUAGAGUUGCCCUCAAAUUAUACAAUUUUGAAUGAUAUCUAUCUCAUUCAAGUUUUGGCGACUUGUUUACCACCGCAGGAAUUAUCAAUUCAUCUACUGCAACGCUUUUCCUACGGCCACAACGGCGGCGGAAAUCCCUCCCAGAAGGAGGAGGUGGACGAGAAAACAUCGCCGAAGAAUGAAGACCUAGGCGUGGGAGGGUUGGCUGGAUACCUGCGGCUGAUGAUCACCCUAAUUCAGGACUCGAGCAAGGCGAAUAACAUCGACAGAGAUUCAACGCAGGAGCUCCGCCGCCUGAUUGCGCUCCAACUCUCGAAGGAUCGCUUGGCGCACUCAAGGCUCGUGAGUUACGCCGGCGAGAGCUUCUUCGGGCGCUUCCCCGAUAACUCGAAUUCCCUAAUGAAAUGCCUUUCCCAGGCCAUGGGCGAGAUCGUGGUCUCCGAGGAUGGGCCCUCCGGGAAGAUCUUUCGCUUGAAAGACCUCCGAACGUGGGAGCGGUGGGUGAGCCUUUAUCACCCGAUGUGUCGGGAUGCCGACCUCCCGUCUAUGGUUUCCCAGUAUCGACGGAUCGCGUCCGUCGAAAAGGCCCUUCGCAGCAAAUCGGCCUGCGAGGAGGAGGGGGAGAGAGAAGGGCGAACCACCCACGACGCCUCACCUCAAGCGAGUCUGCCUCCAUCGCGGCUUCGUGAGGAUGAGCAAGAUGCGGAGUUGAUCCCCAGCCUUCGCGCGCUCCUUCACACGGAUGGGUUGCUUCUCCCGGCCUGCUACGUUGUCCAGUUGUACGUCUUCAACCUACGCCACCCCGACGAGGCGGAUCCGGGGUUGCCCGGGGAAAUCGACCCCGACGAAGGCGAAAGACCCCAUAUCGGGGAGCAUUUACUCCUCCACGCCAUCACUGUUCUCUACCUUUGUGUGGGGGAUUGCGCGGUGCUUUCACGCGCCCUUCGCGCCGAGGCGGGUGUGGACGACGGCCCCGAUGCCGUCGCCGUCGAGGAAGAAAGAAGACGGGAGGAAGGGGGGGGUUGUCAUGAGGCCUCUCCUUUUCCCUACGGUUCGGAUCCGCUUAUGAGGUCCGAUUCGGAUUCGGAUGGGAUUGCCUGGGAGUACGUCGAGGCCUACCUCGCGCGCACCCUCGCCGCCACCCCGACCGCCUUCACGGCGGAAUCGAUUCACCGAUACGUCCGGCUGCCGGAGCUGACAGGGGCGCCGUCGAUUCGCGUGAAAUUGGCGACGCCGGUUCCGCCGCAUCGCCUUCGCCGGACGCCCGGGGUUGACGGGGCGGGGCGGAUGGGGAGGGAUGGGAUCCCAACGGCGGACGCCCUGCAUGAGCUUCGCGAACACCUGCGGAAAACCCCCCAGCUCGACGAGUUCGGCCUUCUAACGAUGGUGGAGUCGAUCCUGCUCGCGACCGGGCUCGCCCGAUUCCCGCCGCCCAGGGGUCCAUCCCCCGGCGACGCCGAUCCCCCGGUGAAGAGCCGGCAGCAGCAGGUGAAGGAGCGGCAGGAGAAGCUCCUCCGACGGCUGCAAAACCGCAGCUCAAAGGUGUGCGUGACGAUGGGAUUGGAGGGCGAGGCCGCGGUUCAAGAGGGGCGAAGGGGCGACGCGGCGGAAGCGUCUCCGCCCCCGAUUCUCGCGCCCACCCCCGCGAGCGGCGGCUACCUGCACAGCAAACUCCUCGUCGAAUCGGCGACGCUGGAGUGCUGCGUUUGUCGCCUCACCCACCACGAGCCAGUGCUGCUGCUCGGGCUCUGCUCCACGUCGGGAGUGCUGCGGCAUCUGCGCUCCGCCGUGCUGCCUGACCGGCGGCAGGUCCACGGCCACUACUACACCUGCGGCCACGCCAUCCACAAAUCUUGCACGAAUCGAAUUUUCCGACGGCUCGCGCAGCUCUGGCAGAGAGGCCACUUCCAAGGACAGAAUUUUCUGGGCGCGUCCGAAUUCAGCUGCCCUAUUUGUUUGAUGGUGUGCACGAAUCUGAGCCCUCUGCCCGUGUUUAGCGGUAGCCCAGGGAGGGAGGGCGCGCAGGACGAGCGCACACUUUUUGAGGAUAUCCAAAGGAGCACCGUCAGUCUUAAUGAACCUGAAAUGCUGUCGGCUGUGGGAGACCUACACACGUCGCUCGCGCAGGCGGCGAUCGGCGCCUCCACCGCUAUGGAUGCGAAGCCAAUCGAGACCUACGAGGAUCCGCUUCAGAGGUGCCAAAACGACGCGUGGAUAUUGUCGGAAACACUGCGUACCAUCUACUACAGCUUUCGCAUCACACUGGAAACGAUCAAAGCAGGGGUGCAUGAGCUGAAUCAAAAGGAUCUUCUUACCUUCCUCUCUUUGCUUAUUUCGAUCCCUUCGCAGUCUCUGGCGAAGCACUACACGGCGCUGCAGACAAAUUACUCCCGUACCGGGCAUGAUGCGUUCUGUUUGCUGAUUCUGGAAGUACUGAAAGCACCAAAGGAGGCAUCGAGUAGGAUUCAGAAGUACACAGAGAAUUUUAUUGCGACCCAUCCCCAAGCUAGAGAGAUCGCGCGAAACAUCCUGCGUACCCCAGCGCGCGACGGCGCCGAAGUAGGCGGCAUCGCCGACGAGGAAAACACCCACAACAGCUCCGCUCAGCCUCCCGCGCAUGAUCCUGUGGUACUAUGGAUGGACCUGGGGUGCUUGGUGCUGCUCAAGUUGAUGGUGUGCGAUGAACCCGCGGGCGCUGUGCUCGACGCGCGAGAGGAGAACGCUUUCUCCAUCCCCCCUAUGCACACGCGGGCCCUGGAAACUAUGGCGGACCGCGGUGAGGCGAUUCUUCGCAUGUGGUGGUAUCUAACGCGCGUCGAUUUGGGUUCGGAUCGUAACCCGAUCCCGGCGGCCGCCGCGCGGUUUGCCGCCGCCACGAUCGCUAACGCCGACGAACCGUUCUCGAACGAGUGGGCGCCCGCGCGAUUUGUGAACCCCGGGCAGUGGAGGGAGCACCUGUUAGACGAGGUUCUUCAUCUCCCGAUCGACUACAUCGACCUGGUCGUGCGGCAUAACCACAUUGUACGCACCGAGGGCAAUGAGGACAGAAAUCGGGAACAGAACAUCUUGUUUUGCUGCCUUUGCGGAAAGUUCUUGUGUAUCGAACACCGGGGUAAGUUUGUUGAACCGUUUUGUCACGCAAGAGAGUGUGUGGGAGGCGUUGGUGUGUUCUUGAUCUUGCAUUACAGCUCGCUUCUUAUACUGGAUGCCGUCGCCGGUCGCUUAGCUGAAUACAACUCUAUCUAUACGGAUAAGUUUGGAGAAGUUGACAAGGGACUGCGGCGCGGCGUGCAUCUUACACGAAAUGCGGAGUUAUGUAAACGGUUUCUGAAGCUAUGGAUUCGGAAUGAGUGGAGCGCCCACUCGAUGAUUUUACGCAACAGUAGGCGCAUUACCAACAUGCUGUCUUAA